CGACCCUCACCAUCUGCCGGCCCUUCAGAGAGCACCACGCGCCGGACUCAUCGACUUUUCUAUCAUGGUUGUUUUAUAAUAUUUACUUGGAAGUCCUGGUCGCCGAUAGUAUCAAAUUAGUGUGUUACAACUAUGAGUGCUUUUACUUCUCUUCUUUCCUCUAUUUCUGGACAGCCACAGGCACCACAAACGCGCCCUUCGAGUGUUGCGCGGCCAGCGCAGGGCGCACCCAAGCCGACAGACCGAUUUCGUCUAUCGAGCAGCAAUCCUGUUGUCGCAGAUAAUGCAGUAGCCGGUGUCAAGCGGAAAUCAGAGGACCCCGAGCCCAGCCCACGCUUCAAAUCCCAGAAGCUCGACAGGACAACACAACAGACGUCUCAAAAUGUCGCUAGCCAACGACCUGUGUCCGCAGGCACGGCCACAAUUUAUCGUGGUACUGCACGAUCCGCCGGGCCUGGAGGUCAGCCUUCACCGGCCGUCAAACCGGCUUCAAGACCGCAGCAAACUGUGACCUCUUCUUCCUCGACAUCUUUGCCUCGCGCUGCGAAUGCGCCGAGUGCGCCACCAUCGAAACCCCGUGGGUUCGCUGCGCUGCUGGAGAAGGCGAAAGCUUCGCAAGAAGCAACCAAGAUUGCUGCCACAAGCGGCAUCAAACAUAAGCCCAAGCCGGUGGAGAGAGUCAGCCGGAGGGAGCGAGAGAAAAUGCAUAAGGAGGCUAUGCAGGAAGCACAAAAAGCAAAGAAGGCCGGAAAGCCCACUACCACGGAUCGCCAUCGGCCCGCAGGCGUGGGCGAUGGACAGCCAAACCCGCAGAAAAAGGCGCAGGAGACCAGUUACAAGGGCACGAUGAAGAAAUCCGCCGAACCUCUGGCCUAUAAGGGCACAAUGCGAGCAGGGGAGAGCGCGCAACCCCGCGCAAAGCCCGUGGUUAAGAAAGGUAUGGGCCAAGACAGAUACGGAGGUUACGCCAGCUGGUCGGACCUCAGCGAUGCGGAGGAGGAGGGAGAGGAGGAAGACUACGACUCUGCCGCUUCUUCAGACAUGGAGGGUGGCUUCGAUGAUGUGGAUCGGGAAGAGACCGCUGCUCUGCGCGCGGCCAGGAGGGAGGACCAAGCCGCAUUGGAGGAAGAGGAGCGGCAUCGUCGCGAGAAGUUGGAACGCAAGAAAAGGCUUCAAGCACUGAACAAAAACGCUGCUGCAAAGAGGCGAAUCUGAUCGAAUUCAUUGAUUUUUGUUAGUUACAAG